AUGGAACUGUUCGUUGGAAAGCCUCUUCUCGGACCAGAUGGGAACGAAAUCGACGCGGAAGAGGCCCUAGAGGGAAAGGUGAUAGCAUUGUACUUUUCGGCGAUGUGGUGUCCGUCAUGUCGUCAGUUCACUCCUAAGCUUGCUAGGUUCUACAAGGCACUCAAGGAGGCCGGCAAAAAUUUUGAAAUAGUCCUCGUGUCACGAGAUCGUGAAGAUGAAGAUCUAAAGGAAUAUCUUACGGAGCAUUGUGGUGGCUGGCUAGCAAUUCCUUUUGGUGAUGAGAGAAUACAGGAGUACUUAGCAAGGUACGGAGUGCCAACCAUUCCUGCUCUCAAAGUGCUGAAAUGA